UUUUUUUUUUGCCUAAUUAUAAAGUCUCAUGUUCAUGUCAUUGCUUCAUUUCAAAUAUAUAUUAUCAAUAAAGGGCUUAUUAUAUAUUAUAAUAGCUGCAAUAUGCUUGUAUUUCUUACAAGGUUAUCCUCAAUGGAAAUCUCGUCAUUGCAAUAAAGAUUCAAAUGACAAGCAAACAUUAACUAAUACGAUUCCCAUAAAUGCUUCGGUAAAACAGCAACAGCCAACAGAAAAGCCAAAAACAAAUUCAACAGCAUCACUAAUACAUUAUGUUUUAGUAACACCUUUUGCAGCACUUUAUAUCAUGGGUCGAUUGUUAAUAGACACGAUUCGUUAUAGUCUCUUUUACAUAAUAUGGUCGUGUGAGAGAUCGAUACCUUAUAUCGAUGAUUGGUUGUUUGACUUUGUUACUCUAUCUAUACCUCAUACAUAUAGUCAGAUAGAAGAAUGGUGGAAACAACGAGGCAAACCUGUUUGUAUUCACUAUGUGGUAUUAUUUAAACAAAAUGCUAUUCCAAGCAUCAUUCAGUGGCUUGAAGCAUUUUUCAUAACGAUUUAUAAAGUAUGUUGUACUGUUCAAAUUUCUAUUCUACAAUUUAUUGCAGCAUGGAAAAAGUUUAUCAAUAGACAUGACUGGCAUCAACUAGUAUAUGAUUUGAGUACUCUUGCUUAUAAUACAUGCUGGGUUCCUCUAAUGCGAGUAGCCCAUCUCUCUAUUUUAGUAUAUAAAGGCAUACACGCUAUAAUAAUAUCGAUUAAAAAUGAAAUAGAAUGGAUAUGUAAAGUGAUCCUACCAAAUAUGUAUAACUAUCUUAUAUCAACUCAAUUAGCACACUUUACAUACCAAAGCUUUAUUCUCAUCAGUCAUUAUUGUGAAUGGAUGUUUAAAUGGAUAAAUGAUUCUAUUUUAGUGCCUAUCAUUGGACGGUUAUUAACUGGGACUGUAAAGUCGAUUGAUAGGUUAGUUAUCCUACUUUUGGAACAACAUACGAUUCAAAAAAAGAUAGAAAAGAUGUAUCAAGCCAUGGCUCCAUAUCUCGUAUGGAUAGUUCUAGAAUUGAGUAAUUUGUUGAUGGAUAUACUCAAAGGAACAAUGUAUAUAUAUCAUAAACUGAUAUACCCUUCCUAUCUAUUGUUUGCCAAACAUGUCAGGCCUCAUUUAGCUCAUAUCUACACAAUGUUUAUGGUCAGGUUGAGUCAAUGGUAUCAUAUCUAUUUAGAGCCUUUAUGGUAUUCUUAUCUAAGUCCGUUUAUAUAUCGGGUCUAUAUGAGCUUGCUGAUGAUAAUGCCUAUCUAUCAUAAAUUACAUAAUACAAUCAUCACGUUAACAACCUAUAUUACUAAGCAAUCAUGGAUUUAUAUACAAAUUAUCUCCAACAAGGUAUUUGUAGUAUCAGUCGCUUAUACUGAGAAGAUAUAUCAUGUGAUACAAAUAUUUUUGAUCGAACAAGCGCCUACUUUAUCGAAAAUACUUCAAAAGUUUUAUGAAAAUAUAAUUCAUUUCUAUGAUUGGAAUGAGUUAAGACGAGAUAUUACGACAGCGAUAAGUACACUGUAUGACUGGAUUUCAGAACAGUCAAAUUUAAUCUAUUUAUCUUUAGAGAGGUCUUUAACUGAAUGGGUGAAUAACGAAAGAAAUCACCACGAUGAUAUGCUUAAAAAAGAAUAAAUAAUCCGAGAUUUCAUAAAGGAUACAAUUAAUAUGUAUAUGUCAUAUACUCCUACUCAAGGCUAUAGCUUU